AUGCAGCACCUCAUGAAGAAGUUUGUGCAGUCGUCGCUGGACGGCCUGCCACCGCGCCACGACGCCGAGCCCAAGCGCCCGCCGGAGCUGACGGGCCUCGUGACGCCGCCCCGCAUCUCGACGCCGCCGACCUCGGGCCGGCGCCACGUGGCCAAGGCCGACGUCACGACCGCGAUCGAGGGCUUCCAGUACGCCAUGUUGCUCGCGGAGCGCAAGGCGUCACUGACCAAGCUUCAAGCGCUCUGGGACACGGCCGAGAUCCUCGACGAGUACCACGCGCUAUUGCUGCCCGUGUUGCUCAACGCGCUCGUGACGGACCCUCGCGACACGGAGCUCAUGGAGGCGAUGCUCGAGCUCAUGCAGGCGCUCAUGACCAUGCGACCGGCCAAUGCGACGCUGCUUCUCAACGAGCCGAAUGCGCUGCGCGAGAUCCUCAACCUCAUGACCGAUCCGUCGCCGUGGAUUCGAGGCCCGACCGUGCAGCUCAUCAAGCGCGUCCAAGACGGCGACGUUCAGAGCUUUGCGUCCCACAUCCUCGACUGCCACGAAGGGCUGCGGCUGCUGCUCGACGUCGUCGAGGACAAGCGUGAACACAUUCGGGACACGGCCAUCCAAAUUCUGCUGCACCUCGUUACGAACCAAAGCCCGAUGGCCCAGCGUCAUAUCCAGCAAUUCCUCGCCUUUGAGGACGGGUUUGCUCGCUUGUUCCAGAUCGUCGACCUCGAACUCGAAGGGCACGGCGUCGACAGUGCGGUCUUGGUCGACUGCCUCCAAGUGCUGUACCACAUGGUCCACGACAACGUCAACUCGCAGUACCUCUUGAGCCAAACGCCGUUCAUUCCCGCGCUCUUCCCGCUGCUACUGACAGCACCCCUCGCGGUGGAUGACGCCGACGUCGAGCCGAGCGACGCGCCGACGCCCGCCAUUGAGUGGACGCUGCGGCUGUUGCAGGCGCUCAUCGGGCCCGUAUUUCACGACCUGACGGACUUGGACGAACUGGCGCAGCGCGACCAAGCCAAGCGGUUGGGCGAGAUCCCAAGCCUCCAGAGCUCCUUGGCCCAGCAGCCCGAUGUGAUUCCCGCGGUCGCCGAGCUUGCGGCUUUUGGCACCACGGCCGACCGCAUCGCUGCCUGCACGCUCCUAGAAGCGUUUGCAAGAGACCACGAAGGAAAUCAGCUGCUCUUGUUGACGCUACCGCUGCGCGAGUCGUCGUACUUUCUGUCGUCCUUGCUGCGCCUUGAUGUGCACCAUGAAGAGACAGCACUGAGCGUGGCGGCCACACGGCUUGUGAACACAGUUUGGAGCUCGCCGCUGGUGAAGAUUUCGCUGUUGCAGCACAUUCCAGCGCCGCCCCACCACGAAAGCGGUCCGAUCACGCCAGUUGGCCAAGAACUCAUUAGCAUCCUUGAGUCGACGAUUGACGCAAUUCUCGACGGCACCACGACGGCCACGAUCGAGCUCACGACCCGCGACGCGAUCAAGGUGGCGUGGAAGGCCAUGGCCCGAUGGCGGCAACUCAUUGAUACGAUCGAGUGCCGCGAGUUUGCUCUGCGCAUUCCGAUGGCGGCCAACACGGUCGCCGUGCCAGGCGGGCUCUUCCUCAACAAGUGGCUGCAAUGGCUCUGCAGAGCGUGUGUCGCCCCCGUCUCCAAGGCCCAGUACCCUCUCUGUGUCGGGUUGUUCCGCGUGCUUCUCGCAUCGAUCGUGCAGUGCCCGCGCGCUGUCGCUGAGGUCGCGAGUUCGGUGCCGACGCUGACCUUCUUUUUCGACUGGGCGCGGUCGUCGUCCUCCGUCGACGGCGCCGACGUGGAGCUCACGGGGCUCGCCGCUGCGGUCCUUGGCGUCGUUCUCGACACGCUUCCAACGGGCCCUGCCCACAAGGGCAUGGGCCAGAAGCAAUUUCUCAACUUGGUGACGGACCGCGUCGGGCUCCAGCGGCUUACAGACUGCUUUACGCAACUCCAGCAAAGCGAUGCGCUGAGCAGUGCGCGGCGCCCCGAGGGAUUCGCCUACCCGCUCUAUGACAAGCCAUUUGGGACGCUCUUCAAGCACAUUGCAGAAAAGACACGAAGUGCCAUCUUGAGCGCCUACAUGAGCGACGCGUCCGACGAAGACAGCUCGGCGCGCGCGUACCAAGAUCUGAUCCGCAUGCAAGAUGCGCAGCUGACAGAGCUUCGACGCGAGCUCGAGGCCAAGAUGCCCGCCCCUUCGGUCGCGCUCGAGGAGGCCCGUGCUCAGAUCGACGAGCUGCGGCGUCAGCAGGAAGCAAGUGACACGCGCUUUCGCGGGCUCCGCCACGCGUUCGACCACGUGGAGUCAGAGCUGGCCGAGAAGGAGAAGGAGCUUGCUUCGCUGCGGGGGCACCCCCCCACAGCCCCCCACGCUCCCAUUGCGCCAUCCCAAGCCGCCAAGUCCGUUGCCGAUGAAGAGUCGUCGCUUCUGCAGUUGCAGCUCGAGUCGACGAUCGCCCGCCUCGAGCGGCAGUGCGCUGAGAAAGACGACGAGCUUGCGGCGCAGCAAGCUAUGAUUGACCGCCUCACGGCCCACAAGGCCGUCCUGGACGCCAAGCAAGCACCCAAUGUCGACCACGUGGCAGCUGUGCAGGCCAAGAUGGAUGAGAUGACAGCCGCACACACGGCUACGGUUGCAUCGCUCGUUGUGCAGCACGAGCAAGCGCUGCAGCAGGUCCGCGCCGACGGCGAAAUGCAGCUGCAAGAGGAGCUUCGGAGCCAAGGGGCUGCGCACCACGAAGCCGCAAAGACGCUCCACUCGUCCUUGCAGUCGGUUCAACUUGAAAAGGAGACGAUGGCAGCCGAACUUGACCGACUCCGCACCAAGGUGGACCAGUUGACAGCGACAAAGGACGAGGUGAUCGUAUCGCUCCAAGCUCAAAUCGACGCGCUUCGAGCGGCGCCCACCGAGACGACGGCCGAGAAGAGCGACGGCGACUUGCUCCUUCUCCUCGGCAGCCUCGAGGUUCAGUACCGCAGCUUUCGCGACGUCGUCGAGACCGAGCUGGGGCCUGCCGGCGUCGAGAAGGCGCUGCGGCUGAGCGAGAAGCGGGGUGCACUCCACAAGCUAUUUUCAUAG